GGAGGAGGAAGAAGAAGGCGGCGGCAAAGAGUUUUUUUUCCCCUGCUCAUGGGUCUGACUGAUUAAUUACUGUUUGUUUUGUGGGCGAGCCCCUCGUGUGCUGGUCUCGUCGUUUCCCUUGGAACCAUAGAAGGCAAGAGUCCGGAGCUGCGGAACGGGGCGUUGGGAAGGAACAUCUUCCAUCUGUAUCUGAUUUAUAAUGAGUGCCAAAUCUGCUAUCAAUAAAGAGAUUUUUGCACCACAUGAUGAAAGGAUGCUGGGUGCAGUCCAAGUAAAAAGGAGAACGAAGAAAAAGAUUCCUUUCCUGGCAACUGGGGGUCAGGGUGAAUACUUAACCUACAUUUGCUUGUCAGUGACAAACAAGAGACCUGCACAAGCAUAUAUUACAAAAGUUAAACAAUUUGAAGGUUCUACAUCUUUUGUACGAAGGUCACAAUGGAUGCUUGAACAGCUUCGCCAGGUUAAUGGUUUAGAUUCUCAUCGGGAUUCCCCAGAAUUUGAUUUAUUGUUUGAAAAUGCUUUUGACCAGUGGGUGGCGAGUACAGCCUCUGAGAAAUGUACAUUUUUUCAAAUUCUCCAUCAUACUUGUCAACGGUAUCUUACAGACAAAAAGCCAGAAUUUAUUAAUUGCCAGUCUAAAGUUAUUGGAGGAAACAGCAUAUUACAUUCAGCAGCAGACAGUGUGACAAGCGCAGUACAGAAAGCAAGCCAGGCUUUGAAUGAGCGCGGUGAAAGAUUAAGUCGAACUGAAGAAAAGACAGAGGACAUGAAACACAGUGCUCAGCAGUUUGCAGAAACUGCACACAAGCUUGCCAUGAAACACAAGUGUUGAAAACGAUUGCGUGGAGAUCUUUCUAAAUGGAACUG